AAGCCUGACAGAACAUUUCAUAUUGAACACAACUUGUGAAAGUGGUUGACCCAGUUAACAUGCUAUGUAUGUUUUACCGGUGUACAAGUUAUACAAAGGUUAACUCCUGUGUGAGGAGUUUCAAUUUCUUCCAGUAUCUGUGACAAAUACCUGCUUCACAUGGAUUUCUUUAUCUACGUCAAGAUCAAAAAGUACACCAGACUUUAUAACCAACGGGUAAAGACAGGUCUCUUACACUUUUGCUGUCCUGCGUGGGCUGUUAGCGGUUCAGACAAAAAGUGCGACCAGGACAUUGGCGUUAUCAUUCUGAAGAUGCAGCUUCCACUGGCUUUCAAAGCGGUGCUGCUGUUGUUUCUGCUGGUUCUUUUACUGGAUGUGGAUGGUUGUUCUGGGAAAAAAUUUAAAAAGAAAGAACGAUCUAGAAGUUCAAGUACCGGACGCAAUUCCAUAUGCUUUAAGAAAGAGCUGUCAGUCUGUAUGGAUCCAACUCUGAACAUGACCACCUUUGCUUCUCCAUCCCCAAGCAGAUCUUUGUCUCCAUGGACAUAUAUACCUUCAACUGAUCCUGCACGAAUCCCUAUGCAAAUAUCUGAGGCAAAAUGUGAAAAAAGAGGCUGUUUAAUGGAAAAUGGUGAGGAAGAUUUUGGACUGGAGUCUAAACCCAUCUGGUACCAAAUCAAUGUGCUGAGGAGAGUAAAGGGCAAAAACAAGCGCUACACCCUUAAACUGGAAAGUAAAGUUAUAAGUGUGGGCUGUACGUGUGUUUUACCUGUUGUUGUGCCACAGAAAUAAGCCUAUACUGCACUUUUUAUUUAAUGGACUGUGUUAUGUUAUUGUAUUAUUCUGAAUUUAUAAAGAAAUAAAAAUAAAUGUUGGUUCAACUUAAUAAAGUAAGUUACCUUGUUGCCUUAAAAAUUUAAGUUAAUUCAAAUUGAAAAUAUUAGUUGACACAGUUAUUUUACUUUUUUUUAUUUUAAGGCAACAACGUUACUUACUUUUUAAGUUCAACCAACAAAUCUUUUUAUUGUAGUGUAUUGGACUAGCUUUUUUAUUAUUUGCAAUAUUGAUUUCUCAUCAAGUUUUUAGUUUCACCUUGACAUUGUAGUUUUCAUUAAAUGCAAAUAUUCAGACACAAAUAAAACACAAACAAUAUAUAUUUUCUGUUUAGGUAUGAGAAGCAUUUAUUUGACUUUGUUCAGAAACUUUAUAGACAUGUGGGCAUCACAAACACAGAGAUAGUAGGUUAAAUUUUCUCACACAAGUUAAACUCAAUACCGAUCUUUUCACAUACAACGACUUGUUUUGAU